GAAGACUAUGGUGCCCUGUGAGCCACUUUCCGGCACUUUAAAAGCAAAUAAGUUAUGCUUUCUUUAUACAAACGGUGUAUCCAUGUACUUCAAAACAAUAUCGAUGUGAUCCAUGAAGUUGGUGGCGUCCCCUUUGACGUCCUCGAACCAGUGCUGGAAUGCUGUACCCCCAAACAAUUGUCAAGAAUAGAGGAUUAUAAUCCGACCUUUAUCAAACUGGCUGAUCAUUUGUGGAAGAGACAUUGCCAGAGAGAAUUUAAAAACGAGCAGCGCCAGGAUGAUGAAUCAUGGCGUGAAAUGUACUUUAGGCUUUUUGAUCAGAGAGAGCAAAAAUUGAAGACCCUCACAAAGAACAUCAUUUUGUCGCAGUCUGAAAAACCCAAAGGGCAUCUGGUCGAAAUGGCCUACGUUCAGGGUGUGGCAAAACCUCCUAGAGAACUCAGAGGUCAUCCAGAGAGAUGCGGUUCAUCUACAAUUCCUCUUAACAAACUCAGCAAAAGAAAGCUUGCAAAUGAAGAGAGAAAUGAUUCAGAAAGUGAUAGUGUGGCAGCAGCAAAUACCAGUGCGUCUGGGGAAUCACAGCAAGAUGCAAAAAGGGUGAAAAAAAUUGCUCCUGUGACGGCCAAAUCCCUGAAGACAUUUAAGAACCAAGCUGGACCGUGGCAGAGCCGAUUCUGA